AUGCUGUCCGCCUCAGCUUUGUCGUUCGCCGUGCCCAGCCUGCGCACCAGCGCGGCCUAUGCCGGCUCCCCCUCCUCCGUGCGCUUCGUGUCGCGCACUUACACCCCGUUCGAUCCAAACGAGAAGGCGGCGUACGGGAUGGGAGCGGCCGAAAAGUUCAGCUACGACCCGGAGCACGCGUACGCGUACGUGGCGACGGAGCGCGGCUACAUCAGCGUGAUAGACUACAGCGCCCCCGUCGCCAGCGUCACAUCGCUCGGCGUCAGCCUGGGUAAGGGCCUCACUGCACGGGACCUGCGCCUGUGCGGCGAGAGCCUGUACGUUGUCGUCGGCACCAUCGGCAAGCGCACGGAGCCCGGCGCGCUCCUCGCCUUCAGCAGGGUGACGCGCGCGGCGCCCGCUAGCCUGGCUCAGGUCUGGGAGGUGGGUGUCGGCCCGGGACCGGACAGCCUGCUUCCUUCUCCGGACUGCAAGACAGUGGCGGUCUCCAACCAGGGCAAGGGGCAGUGCACCGGCGGUGUAGUCUGCCAGCUCAUCGACCCCGAGGGGUCCGUCUCCCUGGUGGACGUCGCCACUCGAUCCUCGAAGACGGUGUCCCUUGGCUAUGUCGCCGGGUCGAGCGACAGCGCGCUGCAGGCGGAGGGCGUGCACAUCCCGCUCCCGCUGAACGCGAUGGUGUACUUUGACGACUUCUCAAACAAGAAGAUGGACACGGUCAACUUUGCCGAGGCGCGGCGCAAGUACACGCCCGCCACCAUGCUCGAGCCCGAGGCGCUGGCGUGGGCUCCCGACGGCUCCAAGCUCUUCGCCGCGCUGCAGAUCAACUCGGCCAUCCUGACGGUGGAUGUGGCGACCGCCACCGCCGAGCGCCUCACCCCGCUCGGCCUGCAGGAUUGGGGGGCAAGCGGUGGCACGCAGGGGCUUGACACGGUGCGCGACAACGCAUGCCAGCUGAAGCACGUGCCAGAGUUCAGCACGCUGCGCUCGCCCAGCGCCAUCGAGGCCUUCGAGAUCGAUGGAGAGACGUACCUGAUGACGGCGAGCGGCGGCUCUGAUCUCGAGUACGGCGAGGUCGAGACCGCCAAAAAGUUCAGAAAGCUGCUCGUCGACGUGCCGGGCGGAAGGCCCGAGUUCCACCCAAACUUCCAGGAGCUCACCGCGCCGGGCGGCGGCGCAGACUUCUCCAAGAUCACGACUGCGGUCCGCAACUUUGGCGGGACGAGCAUGCGCCUCUCGAUCGGCGCGGCGGCGGUAGAUGCGGAAACGGUAGAUGCGGAAACGCAGGGGUUCGUACUCCGAGCGUUUGUGCCGGCACUCGAGAGGAGGCGCAUUCGGCGGUACGCGGCCGUCCCCCCGGAGCCCGUCUGGAAGCGGGCUGUCGGGUCCGGGUCGCGCUCCGUGUCAAUCUACCGCGCGUCGGACCUGUCGCUCGUCUGGGACUCGGGCGAGAUCGAGGGCUGCAAGGCCUUCCCGUGGGCGCACAACGGCGAGCAGGAUGACGACUACGCGCUCAUGUACGGUGUUGCGUACAGCCACGCCUCCGCCGGCGGCAAGAAGGACAUCGCGGAGAAGAACACGCUGUCGCCGCCCGCGCUGGACGGCGACGCAUGCCACGACCGCGGCGACGGCAAGCCCGGCCCUUGCCCGUUGGGCAAGACGGUGGAUGAGCGCUCGUGGAAGGACGGGCCAGGCACGCGCACACGCUCGUCGCCCGGCCGGCGCUCUUCACCGCCGGCGGGGGGCGUGACGAGGCGCCGCGUCGAGUCUGUGGCAAUCCUCGACAAGCACCAGUCGCCGUCGGGCGCCGCCGCGGUCAUGUUUGCCGGCGCGCACUCCGGCAGCCUGUCCCUCUACGAGCUCCUCCUGACCAAUGGGUCGCGAUGCGCGCUUCCGGCACCGCCGCCGCCGACGUCGCCGCCGAUCGAGACGCCGCCGCCGCCACCCGCGCCGCCGCCGCCGCCGCCGCCGCCCUCGCCGCCGCCGCCGCCGCCGGUGCAGAUGUGGUGGCUAUCCUCUCCGACGCCGCCGCCGCCACCGCCGCCGCUGCUCCAGCCCCCUGUCCCGGAGGAGACCUCCCUCUCGCUGAGCCUGGUCGAGAUCCUCGGCGGUGUGGCUCUGGGCCUCGCGCUCUUGGCGGUGCUGCGCCGCGUCCUCUGCGGGGGCGGCGGGAAGAAGCAAGCCCAGGCGGCGCCGCCGUCCGAUGCGGCCGAGUGGAAGGCGCCGAACAGCUUCACCGACAGCGAUCGGCGGCACGCCAAGACGUCCGGCUUCUCCAUGUAG